GGAUGGACCCUGCAGGAGAAGAAGCGUCCCUGAAUUCACCUGAGCUGCCCUGGAACCAGCUCUAUUUGAAGAGAAGGACCGAGUCCAGGAUCCAGUUAAGGAGGAGAGUGUUCUUCACUGGCCCUGCUGCUGCUGCUGUUACCGGGGUAUUGGCAAUCCUCAUACUGGCUGCUGGCAGUGUGAGCAGCGACAGUGAGUUUGUGACAGUCCCGAUCUCAGUGAACUGUACUGAGGGGCAGGACUGUAUCCUGAGCUGCACCUUCUACUACACAGCCUGGGAUGAGACGUCAGGUGUGAUCUGGAGAAGAGCAGAAACGGACCACAUCGUUCACAGUUACUAUAAGAAUACAGACCAGCUUGCCCAUCAGCUCCCUCAGUAUGUGAACAGGACCAGCCUGUUUGAUUCUGAGCUGCAGCGCGGGAACGCUUCACUGCUGCUGAGGAGAGUCAGGGAGGAAGAUGCUGGAGAAUACAAGUGCUCUGUUUCCACUCCUAGACUGUCCGGGUCGGGCCUGACUGAGGUAGUCGUGGUUCCGGCUCCACCCACAACAGCACCAGAUUAUGUGACAGUCCCGAGCUCUGACCGACACGCCUGGUGGGUUUCAGGAGCAGUUCUUCUUUGUGUGAUUGCAGGGCUCUGUGUCGGUCUGUGGCUCUAUAAAACACACACAUGUCACAGGUGGAAGUCCAACAAGGCUUCUAGUCCAGCAGAGGCAGUGCCGUUAUCAGACGUGAUCGAGGAGCCCAGUGAAGUCAGACCGCUCCCCUGCACUGCUCAAUUUACCCAGUUUAAUACAAGCUCCCAAAACUAAAUAAUCACUUUGAAUUAGCAAACGUGAUCAGUGUUGAAGAGAAGUUUUUUAAAUCGCAUUGUUUCCGAGACAAUUGAACUAUAAUCUGAACUCUCUGUUGUCUUUGCACGAUAUCAGAACAAUCCAGCAAAGAGAUACAGUAGUUUAUUCAACAUGACAUUAACCUCUUCAGCUCCAGGAUGCACAUCAAAGGAAAGAGCACUUGCAUUACCAUGCUUUUAAAAUUAACUAUAAAAGCAAUAAGUAUUAGCUUUAUCAAAACAUAUGUUAUUUAUUGUUCAGCCUCAAACUUGUACAUUGAUAAGCAUGAACAAACCAUGGAAAAUGAACCAGCAAAGCAUCUUCAUUGCAAAACAACCUCAUGAAAUACUGUUUAUAGGAAAAUAAGGAAACUGUGUAAAUAUGAAGAAAUAAGUUUAUACUGUGGACUCACAACACACUCAAAAUGCUUAAACUGGUAAAGCCAUAAAUAUUUUCAAGCCUUAGAAAACUUGCAACAAUAUUUCACAGUGUAACUCUAUAUAACUGUUUAUUGUUCAUAAAAAUUACACAUGUAUAUUUAACCUUUUACAAAAAUGUUUUUUAUGCAUAAUUUUGUAUGUGGUUUACAUUAAAA